AUGGCUACAACAGCUGUGAUGCUUCGAGAGGCUCGGUUGUUUCCCGAAGAGGAUGAAGCUCUAUGUUUGGAAAACCUUGGAAAAGAGUUCAAAUGGAUUCAGUCAAGUCGUGCCAGGAAAACAUUCAAUAAUGUGUUGUGGUCUCUUCGUGAAUGUUGCAUUCGUUUACACUUAGGUCACAAGUGUGAUCCUCGUUUGGCUGUUCCAGUUACACAACCUCUUGCUGAAAGGCACUUCCUUUCGUCGAAGCAUGGUGGCGAUGCAUUAAAGGCUACCGUAACACUUCUCGGAGACAACGUUAUUCAGGCGGAAGUUGCCGUAAAACAUGCAAAAUCUGCUGGAGGAAUCUUUCGAGCUGUUGCUCAGCCUGAUGUGCAGUGGAAACUACAACAACUGCAGGAUCUUGGAAAUCACAUUGCUCGAGCGUCGGUAUCGUUAUGUGAGGCCGAUGUGCGCAUGUCGGAGAUAGCUCGUUCAGGAGAAUUCACUUCAGAAACAGGAGAACUCAUUUUAUCAGCAGCUCGGACCGCAAAAUCGGAAAUAUCCGCUGCUCGAACUGCAAUUCUGCUACCAAGAAAAAAGUCAUUGCUAGAGCUCUGUCAUUUUCCUCCUACUCGACGCUUCAAUCCGCCACUUCCACAGGAUCAACUCCUUUCAUUCUAUAUAUCCAGCUGCAGACUUGUGUGUGCCUCUUAUCAUAUGGUACCAAAACAGAGUGCUCCACAAGGACUUUCUAUCACUAUGGCUGAGUGUCAACUACCGUAUUUGGAAGAAGUGCUACAGCAAUUAAAUUUAGCUAUAAUUCAUAUUGAGAAAUUGAUAGGGAACCUGGAAAUGUGCCAACCUCGGUAA